CAGAAGUCGGACAAAUAUUUUUUGAUUGCAAAAGGAAACACAAAAACGUAAAUAUGGGGAGACCAAUGCCAGGAGCAAAGGAGAUAAUGGAACCCGCUUUCCAACAAGGAAUACUUGGCUGCUUCGGGAAUAUGGGCGUGUGCGUCAUUUCAUUCUUCCUUCCCUGUGUCCAGGCAGGGAGGAACGCAGAGGCGGUGGGUGACAGUUUCGUCCUUUCCUGCGUCGGAAUUUUCAUUCCAAUCGUGAACAUGUACUUUCUCUCUGAAAACAGAGCCAAGAUUCGACAUAUGCAAAGCAUCCGUAGUGACACUGCUACAGAUUGUGCUAUUAUCAUUUUAUGUGGACCAUGUUCGCUUUCCCAGCUCGCUGCGGAAUGUGACUAUAUCAGAAAUAACCCUAAACCCAUCGCAGUCGAAAGAGAAUAGAAUCGAAAGACGCAAUGAACCACUAUCAGAAACUAGAUUGAAACCGUUGUGGAUUUUGGCGCAAUCGGCGAUGGCUAAUGGACAGGCGUGAACUGAUGCGAUCGUCUCACAUUUUAAUUCUCAUUGUAUCCUAGAUGCAAACUGAAAUGGACCGAUAUGUAAAACCACGUCAAAAAUGCAGACACUCUGAAAUUGUUGUGGAUAAAUGGACAAUGAAACCCUUUUCAUGACUUAUCGUUCAAAAAAAGAUCGAAAAAACUUUGAGAACAUCAGUAACACAAUUAAGUUCAAACUGAAAAUGCUUCCAUAAUGUCAGUGUCUUCAAAAGAAAAAAUAAUAUAUCUCCGCGAUUUAUACAAGAAACAUUGGCAGAUGGUACAAUAAACUGACGGACAUUUUAAAUGGAAGCAUAUAUAAAAUUAAAAUAGCA